GCGAUAGGGAGAGCGUGGAGAGUGUGUGCAUAGGAAAGAGAGAGAGAGAGAGAGAAGGAAGGAGGGGGGAGAGCGAGAGCGCGUGAAUGUGUGUGUAUGUGUGUGAAAAAGGAAGCGGAGCCUGUAAACGGCGAACUCGCUGGUUUCUACCCCUCGAAACAACUCACGGCGCGGUGUUACUUUUCGUGUGGACACUAUCAUCGACUGCAACAACAACACGGCCAAAGGGAAUACGGGAUUUGUUUCCGAGGACACGUUACGCUGCCUUUCGCUCGGCGCCUUCGGACGCGAACAGUGAGCCAGUAAAGUGAAACCGUCUUUUGUUGAAGCAAGUGCUCGCCCGAGCCCCUCCGUGCGGGCAGCGGGGUUUAAGGAGAGCGAGCGCGCGUGUGCGCGCGCGCGAGAGAGAGAGAGAAACGAGGGGGUACAAAGUGACUGUGCUCGUCUCGUCCCGGGUCAUGGAUUUGUCCCAGCGUGCUUAAGUUCUGUGGGUCAACUCGGGCUCGGAUCGCGCUUUGAACUUGUUUGCAGCAGUCUGUGGGACUCCCGAGAAUCACCAGACUGGCGGCUUUUCUGAAACACUGGGGUUGUUGGUGUGGCCAAAUUUUCCCUGGAUUUGACUGGUAAAUUCAGAAGACUGAAGCCCAGGCUCACAGUCUACCUUUCACGGAGGCCCAGCCGUGAGAGGACUGAGGAAGGCACGUGGCGGAUCAUGACGGCCGACAAAGAGAAGGAGAGGGAGAAAGAGCGGGACAGGGACAGAGACAGGGACCGGGACAAGAGAGAGUCUGGUAAGUCCCGCCGGCAGGACGGGGACCGGGGUGACCGUGAGAGUGAAAGCUCCAGGCCUCGGCGCAGCUGUACGCUGGAGGGCGGGGCCAAGAACUAUGCAGAGAGCGACCACAGCGAGGAUGAGGACAACGAAAAUGGCAGCACAGGUGGAGGACUCGGCACGGCAGAAGAGGCCGGCAAAAAGGGCAAGAAGAAGACGCCCAAGAAGAAGUCGCGCUACGAGCGCACAGAGAACGGAGAAAUCACGUCCUUCAUCACAGAAGACGAUGUUGUUUACAGACCCGGAGAUUGUGUAUACAUUGAAAGUCGGCGGCCCAACACUCCCUACUUCAUUUGUAGCAUUCAGGAUUUCAAGCUGAGUAAACGGGACCAUCUGCUGAUGAAUGUGAAAUGGUACUACCGCCAGUCGGAGGUGCCCGACUCUGUCUACCAGCACCUGGUGCAGGAUCGCAACAAUGAAAACGACUCUGGCCGGGAGCUGGUCAUCACAGACCCAGUGGUCAGAAGUCGAGAACUCUUCAUCUCCGACUAUGUGGACACUUAUCAUGCUGCUGCUCUCAGGGGGAAAUGCAACAUUUCCCAUUUCUCCGACAUUUUUGCUGCCAGGGAGUUCAAAGCCCGCAUCGACUCCUUUUUCUAUAUCCUCGGAUAUAACCCCGAGACCAGGCGACUAAACAGCACACAAGGGGAAAUCCGAGUAGGACCCAGUCACCAAGCCAAGCUCCCUGAGCUGCAGCCUUUCCCUUCUCCUGGUGGCCAAGCCGUGACCGAGAACGAGGAGCUGGUCUGGAUGCCAGGGGUCAAUGACUGUGACCUUCUCAUGUACCUUAGAGCCGCAAGGAGCAUGGCUGCUUUUGCAGGAAUGUGCGACGGAGGCUCAACAGAAGACGGGUGUUUAGCAGCCUCUCGAGAUGACACUACUUUAAACGCACUUAACACUCUUCACGAGAGCAGCUAUGAUGCAGGAAAAGCUCUCCAGCGUCUGGUGAAGAAGCCGGUCCCCAAACUGAUAGAGAAGUGCUGGUCUGAGGAUGAAGUGAAGCGCUUCAUUAAAGGGUUGAGACAGUUCGGCAAAAACUUCUUCAGGAUCCGAAAAGAGCUGCUGCCCAACAAAGAAACGGGAGAGCUUAUUACCUUCUACUACUAUUGGAAGAAGACCCCCGAGGCAGCCAGUUGUCGAGCCCACCGCAGACACCGCCGCCAGCCCGUUUUCCGUCGCAUCAAGACGCGAACCGCUUCAACUCCUGUCAACACUCCCUCACGCCCCCCCUCCAGCGAGUUCUUGGACCUCAGCUCAGCCAGUGAAGAUGACUUUGACAGUGAAGACAGCGAACAGGAGCUGAAGGGCUACGCCUGCCGCCACUGUUUCACUACCACCUCCAAGGACUGGCACCACGGGGGUCGGGAGAACAUCUUGCUGUGCACAGACUGCCGCAUUCACUUCAAGAAGUACGGUGAGCUGCCCCCCAUCGAGAAGCCCGUGGACCCGCCGCCAUUUAUGUUCAAACCUGUCAAAGAGGAAGAGGAUGGACUCAGCGGGAAGCAUAGCAUGAGGACCCGACGGAACAGAGGCUCGAUGUCGACGCUACGUAGUGGUCGUAAGAAGCAGACAGGCAGUCCUGAUGGCAGAACCUCGCCCACCAACGAGGACUUGCGCUCCAGCGGACGUACCUCUCCCAGCGCAGCAAGUACCGACAGCACAGACAGCAAGACAGACUCCAUGAAGAAGCCUAGCAAGAAGAUUAAAGAGGAGGCUCCUUCACCGAUGAAGAGUGCCAAACGGCAGCGAGAAAAGGGAGCCUCAGACACAGAGGAGCCUGAGAGGGCCAGUGCCAAAAAGUCCAAGACACAAGAGCUGAGUCGGCCAGAUUCGCCCUCAGAAUGCGAGGGGGAAGGUGAAGGUGAGGGUGAGGGUGAGGGUGAGAGCUCUGAUGGACGCAGCAUCAACGAGGAGCUCAGUAGCGAUCCUAAAGACAUUGACCAGGACAACCGGAGCUCCUCCCCAAGCAUCCCCAGCCCCCGCGACAAUGAGAGCGACUCAGACUCGUCUGCCCAGCAGCAGCAGCUCCUGCAGAGCCAGCACCCUCAAGUCAUCCAGUGUCAGCCAGGCACCUCAUCCGCCUCUUCGGCACCACCUCCGCCUACAAUCUCAGUCCCCUCACUUCCCCCACAGGUCUCCCCGACAGCAGCCUCCACCUCUCUCCCUCCCCAGCCUCUGCCCCUGGCAAGCCCUUUGUCUCUGAUCCAGUCAGGAGCAUCCCUCCACCCUCAAAGGCUCCCCUCCCCACAUUCACCUUUGACUCAGGCUCCGCCUCCUGCCCCCACAGUCCCACCUCAAUCGUUACCCAGCUCGCAUCAUGGGCCGAUGCCUCCCUUGGCACAUCCACUGCAGCCUGGCCUCUCACACAUGCCUCACCCUCUCUCCAUGCCCCCUCAGGGCUUCCCAAUGGGUCAGUCUCAGGUCCCACCCCUGCCAAUGUGUGGCCAGUCACAGAGACCGCACUCUCCUCCUUCCCAGUCCCAGUCAUCUGCUCAGCCUGGCCAGCCUCCCAGAGAGCAGCCCCUUCCCCCUGCCCCAAUGUCCAUGCCUCACAUCAAGCCCCCGCCAACUACACCCAUCCCUCAGAUACCCAACCCACAGUCCCACAAACACCAACCCCACGUGUCGGCACCUCCAUUCCCUCAGAUGCCUUCAAACCUGCCGCCACCUCCUGCCCUCAAGCCCCUCAGCUCUUUAUCCACACACCAUCCUCCAUUAGCACACCCACCUCCCCUACAGCUCAUGCCUCAGGGUCAGCAGCUUCAGCCUCCACCAGCGCAGCCUCCAGUUCUCACUCAGUCCCAGAGCCUCCCCCCAUCAGCCAGCCACCAACCUCCUCCAGCUCCUCCUCUGCCACCCUCCGCAGCAGCCUCACACUCCAAUGGGCCGCCGCAGCCGCUGUUCUCGUCUCAUCCUUUCAAUACAGUUCUACCUCCAACCGGACCUCCAACCGGCCCUCCCCCAUCCUCAGCAAACUCUAUGCCUGGCAUUCAGCCUCCAUCUUCCUCCGCUCCACCCUCCUCCAUCUCCAUGCCACUACCUGCCUCUGUCACUUGUGCCGGCCCGGGCCCAAUGCUCCCACCUGUACAAAUCAAAGAGGAGCCUCUGGACGAGACAGAAGAGCCAGAGAGCCCACCACCCCCUCAGAGAAGCCCCUCCCCAGAGCCUACCAUUGUCAAUACGCCCAGCCAUGCCAGCCAGUCAGCACGGUUCUACAAGCACCUGGACCGGGGUUACAACUCGUGUGCUCGGACAGAUUACUACUUCACUCCACUGGCUUCAUCUAAACUGGCAAAGAAGCGAGAAGAAGCUCUGGAGAAAGCCAAGAGGGAAGCAGAGCAGAAACUACGGGAAGAGAAGGAGAGAGAGAGGGAAAGGGAAAGGGAAAAAGAGCGGGAGCGAGAUCGAGAUCGAGAUCGAGAACGAGAAAAAGAAGCAGAACGAGCUGCGAAAGCCUCCAGUUCCUCUCAUGAGAGCAGGAUGGUUGAAGCUCAUAUGGUUGGCCACGCCCAUAUGCGUACACAUUAUGACGCCCAACCCACUACUAUCGCAGCUGUGCCUCCGUACAUCGGCCCCGACACCCCCGCCCUGCGCACCCUCAGCGAGUACGCCCGACCCCACGUCAUGUCCCCCACCAAUCGAAACCACCCUUUCUUUGUGUCCCUCAACCCUUCAGACCCGCUGCUGGCCUAUCACAUGCCUGGCUUUUACAAUGCCGACCCAGCCAUGCGGGAGCGUGAGCUACGAGAACGGGAGAUGCGUGAGAGGGAGAUUCGUGAGAGGGAGCUGAGGGAAAGGAUGAAACCUGGUUUUGAGGUUAAGCCUCCAGAGAUGGACUCACUUCACCCUUCCACAAACCCCAUGGAGCACUUUGCCCGGCAUGGGGCCAUGACGUUACCCCCCAUGGCCGGCCCUCACCCUUUCGCCUCCUUCCAUCCGGGCCUGAACCCAUUAGAGCGUGAGCGGCUGGCCCUUGCUGCUGGGCCCCAGCUGCGGCCAGAAAUGAGCUACCCAGAGAGGUUGGCUGCAGAGAGACUCCAUGCGGAGAGGAUGGCCACAGUGGCCAACGAUCCCAUCGCCCGUCUACAGAUGUUCAAUGUUACGCCACACCACCACCAGCACUCGCAUAUUCACUCCCAUCUCCACCUCCACCAGCAAGAUCCUCUUCACCAAGGUGGUGGGGAAUGUCUUGUGUGUCCUCCAGGCUCGGGGGGCCAUCCCCUGGCAAUAGAGGCCAUGGCAGCAGGACCUCACCUGGCUCGGUUUCCUUACCCGCACGGCGCCAUCCCCAACGCUCUCCUUGGCCAGCAUCCACAUGAACACGAGAUGCUGCGCCACCCAGUCUUCGGUACUCCAUACCCACGGGAACUACAAGGUCUGCCACCGCCCAUGUCUGCAGCCCACCAGCUUCAGGCCAUGCAUGCCCAGUCUGCUGAGCUCCAGAGGCUGGCCAUGGAGCAACAGUGGCUCCACGGACACCAUCACAUGCACGGAGGACCACUGCCUGGUCAGGAGGACUACUACAGCCGGCUGAAGAAGGAGAGUGACAAGCAGCUGUAACCAGCCCAGGGAGGCAGCGACUGACAGGUGCAGGACACAGGAAGUUGUUACAGAGUUGUUCAUUCAGUUUUGAAGAAUGGAAAAUGCCAAGUGGAUCGUCUGAGAAUUCUUCUGAUAUUUGUUUUUUUGUUCCUGUCGAGGACUUUUUUUUUUAAUUAUUGUUUUUCAAGACAUUGACUUUCUUUGGUAUAUCGCCAGUAGUGACAACGUCCUCAAGACUCCUGCAUGACAAGCUUCCCUGACAUUUUUUUGUAGGUGCUAGAACAAGACACUGUGCUUAUCAACAAAAAAAGACUAGACCGGUCAGGCCGUUUGUGGAAAAUUAACAAGUGCUAUCUUAAACUCAACAUUUAUUUUAAUACAUUGUUGGAGGUUUUUCAUAAUUUUAAGAAAAGCUACAGCAUGGCGUUUUUUGAGUCUGUAAAUAGUAUAUAUAAACAUAUAAUUAUUAUUAUAAUUAUUAUUAUUACUAGGUGUGGACUCCAAACAAAGUCGUUUCAAUCUCCGAUAUAAUUGUUUUGAAGCAUUAUCCCUUGUUUCAGAGGGGAGCACCAUGGCAUUAUAUGAGCAGUUUCUGAGAGAGUCGUGGUUCAGUUGUAACGUUCCUCUGACGUCACUGUGUUAGAUUUAGUCCCACAUACAUACACUAUGUAAACCAUAAACCUGUCACACCCACAUCCAUUCAUCACACAGCAGGUUAUCAGAAUGUGUAAACUCAACGUGUUGGGUUAAAGAAUUUGAAACACUUGAAGGGGCGACGCUGUAGUCACUGAGGUUUGUGUGGAGUGCACGCUGAAGCCACGGAUUAAAAAUAAAAGUUUGGACUGAGUGAGUUUCCUUGCGCUCCACUCGAUUGGUUUUAUCCUUUCACUUAAAAUCUAUAUUUAAGUCAACGCAUUGGAGUAACACUUCAUUACUUUUUUGUUUUUACAGAGAAUGAUUUUAAUUAUGAUUUUAAACGUGUGGAUGCCAGAAACCUAUUUGGCUCGAACUGAAGAAAUUUGAUAUUUCAAGUGGGAAAAAAAAAAUUCUAAACAAUAACCUGGACCUGAAUUUUAACUUUGUUCACGAUAUCAGGAGGAUAACAGGACUUCAGGAUUGUUUUAAACGUGUGAAUGGUUGUGACUCGGUGCUAGUUGUGUUGUGGUUGUCCCCUUUUCUUCACCUGGUGCGGUCACCAAAGUUUGUUGCAGGACUCGCGUCCGACUGAGUCGUCCUCCAGCUAGGCUGUAAUAAUGUUCACUGUGACACUAGAGGGGGGGCUGCCGACACGUGACGACCAGGAAAGGAGGGUCCAUGAUGUGUGAGCGUCUGUGUGUGUGUUUUCCUCACAAUGUUUUUGUAUGCCUUGGUUCUUUGGGGAAACACACACACUCCUGGGCCUCAGGAGCCAUGUGUUUGUGUGUUUGCGCCAUUGUCUGUUACAAGUUGUGUUGACCUGUCAUGCCAAUGCACAUGAGUCCAUGUUUUUGUUUGUUUUUUUUGCUCUCGCCAUGAUGAGUUCUACUUUUGUUCCAUGCACUAAGACUGUUUGACCGUCAUGGACAUUUAGACAACUGUGGCUUUUUUUUCUAUUUUCUUUCAACCAUAUGAAGAAACUGUACUUGCAUUUAAAAGUGACCAUAUCGUCCAUUGGAGCACUAUAAUUUACAUUUCAACACUUGCAAACAACAUCAAACUCAUGCCCCCUUUUUAAAUAUCCCAAAAAAAGUCUUCGACAAGAAACCGCCAUCUUGUCUCGCCAUCUUCCACCUCCUGUCUCUCUGACGACGUACUCCUCAUCAUCAUCUUUGCCUCGUUUUCCUGACGAUUCCCUUGCCUUUUACUCCCUCUUUUUGUGUCUCCAAAACCUUUGAUGUUAAGUGUUGUCAAUGGUUUAGCUUCUUGUUUCAAAGCGGCAAUAGCAGAAUGUAAAUUCUGACUGCUAAGAUUUAUAUAUAUACUGGUAUCUUGAAGCUUAUUGUAUAUAUGAGUA